AAUUAUAAACGGAGGAACUAGGAAGUGGGACCAGAGAUCCACCGACCGGAAACGAAGAAUCCAUAGUAAGAUAGACCCCAGGGGUUCGGUCGUAUCGGACCGGUCGGAUUUGGAUUCUAACGGCAAGUGAGUGGACCCCCGGAAACGACAGACGUAAGCAGUGACAACAUCAAACUCAUCGCCACGUCAGCAACUGAGUUCUCCUUGCGAAACGUGUCCCGGCAGCGUCAUCCACCCACGUGUGUUCUAGAAGCUCUCUCUAUUAUCCCCUGCAUCUCGACACGUGUCCUCUCCCUCUCCUUAUAUAUUUGACUUUUCUCUCUUUCUUUCCAAGUUUCAAAAACGCCAAGUUUCAGAGGUAGAUACUUCAAGAUUAGGAUAGGAUCAGGAUCAUCCCAACAACCUCCUAAUCUCCCCCAUUCUUAGUAAUAAUAAUAGCAAUAAAAAAAAAAAAAGAGAGGGUAAAUUAGUUAUGUCAGAAUUAUUACAGUUGCCUCCAGGAUUCCGAUUCCACCCUACCGAUGAAGAGCUUGUCAUGCACUAUCUCUGCCGCAAAUGUGCUUCUCAGUCCAUCGCUGUUCCUAUCAUCGCUGAGAUCGAUCUCUACAAGUACGAUCCAUGGGAGCUUCCUGGUUUAGCCUUGUAUGGUGACAAGGAAUGGUACUUCUUCUCUCCCAGAGACAGAAAAUAUCCCAACGGUUCGCGUCCUAACCGGUCUGCUGGUUCUGGUUACUGGAAAGCUACCGGAGCUGAUAAACCGAUCGGACUUCCUAAACCGGUCGGAAUUAAGAAAGCUCUUGUUUUCUACGCCGGAAAAGCUCCAAAAGGAGAGAAAACCAAUUGGAUCAUGCACGAGUACCGUCUCGCCGACGUUGACCGGUCGGUUCGCAAGAAGAAGAAUAGUCUCAGGCUGGACGAUUGGGUUCUUUGCCGGAUUUACAACAAAAAAGGAGCUACCGAGAGGCGUGGACCACCGCCUCCGGCUGUUUACAGCGAUGAAAUCAUGGAGGAGAAGCCGAAGGUGACGGAGAUGGUUAUGCCUCCGCCGCAGCAACAGGCGGCGGCGACGGCGACGGCGACGGCGAGCGAGUUCGUGUAUUUCGACACGUCGGAUUCGGUGCCGAAGCUGCAUACGACGGAUUCGAGCUGCUCGGAGCAGGUGGUGUCCCCGGAGUUCACGAGCGAGGUUCAGAGCGAGCCCAAGUGGAAGGAUUGGUCGGCUGUAAGUAAUGACAAUAACACCCUUGAUUUUGGGUUUAAUUACAUUGAUGCCACCGUGGAUAACGCGUUUGGAGGAGGGAGUAGUAAUCAGAUGUUUCCGCUACAGGAUAUGUUCAUGUACAUGCAGAAGCCUUACUAGGGGGGGGGGGGGGAUUCCUUUCCUGCCGCCGAAACGCAACGCAAAACGCUCGUUUUUGCGUUUAUGGCAACACGAGACCGUUUUAUAUGGUCAAUGAGUGUGCCGACUCGGCCAUUAGAUUUGGAGACAGUGUUCGUCUUUUUUAUAGACCUUCCGAUUUCAGAUAAUCUCUCUAAUCGGAUGGUGGUCGUUGGAUGUAUCAGUGUAUUACUGUGUUAGGUAGAAAAAACUCCACUUGUGCUUUGUGAUUACCCUUUAACGGGCAUAAAAGUCAAAAGCGAAUAUUUAUUUCUGCCGCAAUCAAUUUAAUAAUAUUUUCUGUCUA